GAUUGCUUCUUGAUCGGUCUGUUAUCAGAGCUCGCGCAUUUUUUGUGCUGGCUUGGCUCGCAUUCAGGCAGGCUGGCUGAUUCCAAGUGCAGCCCAGAUAUUGCUAAGCUUCACGAUCUUCACGAGAACUUUUCUUUGCCUCUGUCAAUUUAAAACUCCAACUUUUUCUAGCGGUCCAAUCUCUUUGAUUCCAAAUUUAUAAUGCAGGCACUGAGGCGUGUUCUUUUCAACCCGGCCCGGAUCACCCCUCGCGCCACCCGCCUGGCACCCCUCACAGCCUCGCGGUUCUCCAGCACGCUCGAGGUUCCGCGGAACCUGUUCCUGGCUAGCGAGCUUGAGAAGCCGAGCCAAGGGAUGGUGUCAACAGCUGUCGGCGAUCUGGACCCCGCUGCGCCAGCAUCCAACGUGCGUAGCGAGUUCUGGCGGCUCUAUGUCUCGGCAAUGAGCCGACUGGGCGGCAGCCAUAUCAACCGGCCAAAGAAGUCCACUCUGCACUGGCUGGUGACGAAUGCCGAGACCAGGGAGGAGCUGGACACGGCGCUUGAGAUGGCCAAAGUGUGGCGGAUGCAGAUGAUGCCGAUCACCCAGGCGACCGCGCAGAUCUGGAUCGAUUCGUGCAUCCGGCUGAACUACCCCGAGCUCGCCAUGACGAUGCUUCUGGAUCAAUGGACCUACCGCCAGCUGCCGGUCUCGUAUGGCAUGGCCAAGCUGAUCCGGUUCCUGGGCAAGCAGGCUAAAGAAACCGGCGAUGAGGCGAAGCUGGACGAUGCGUUCAGGGUGUUUGCGCUGUACCCGUACUACAACCUGCAGCAUGAUGCCGAUGCAUAUGGCGCGCUGGUGGAGGCGUGCUGUGAGGUGAACUCGGAGGAGGCCUGGCGGAGGGCCCUGGUGGUUGCGGAGGAGACGCUGGCGGACGCAGCACCCGGAAAUCACGGUUGAGGCACUGACGGCGCUCGAGACGCGUUCGUUGGAGCGCGGUGAGAACGAGAUGGCCCAGCGGUACAAGUCACUCAAGGGCUCGCUGGAGUUCAAGCGCAGCACCAAGGAUGUCAAGUUCGAACAAAACGACCAAGAAGUUGAAAACUAGAAGGCAUAUAUUUCGUAGAAAGCAUCAAAAAGUGGGUUUUCAUUUUUCUGAGACAUCGCUGCUAGUCUCGUCGCCUGUUGGGUAUGUAAAGUGCAACGGCAACUGUGAGGUAGCCUCUUGGUCUUCUGUAUCGCCUUUGUCGGCAGCAUUCUGCUCUGCCUGGCUCCUGAGCAUCCUCAUCGCUCUU